UUCCCUGAAGCUUUCCGGAGGCGAGAGGAGACGGAGGGGGUGCUGAUCUCACACCCAUUGCUGAUCUCAUCCGCUGACCGCACGUAUUCGUCACCUUGUCUCGAGUAACAAAUUAUUAUUAACAAAGGCGAAGAAAGAAAACCGACCACUUUUUGCUUCUCAAGUUGGACAAAGAUGAGCACUGUUCUGGACGCUGCAUUGGCAGGUGAUGCUGCUGCUGGAUCAGCAUCGCUCAAGCGAAAGAGCGAAGAGUUGGAGGGCACCGCACCAGCGGCAAAGCUCGUCAAGACGGAAGCUGGCGUGGCUGCCCCUCCUACUACUGCCACUGCUGGCCUACUGCCAACAACUCCAGUGGCGGCUGCUGAUGCUAAUGCGGCUAACCUUGCUGCUGUAGCGGCCGCAGCGGCAGCAGCAGCUCCAGCCACGGUGACUGAAGAAUUGGAUGGCGCCAAGAAUCCACCCAUGUCAAAGGCUCGCGAAGUCCGCCUCGAGCAGAACCGCAAGGCUGCUCGCGAGUCACGAAGACGCAAGAAGACAAUGAUCGAAGAGUUGCAGAGAAGUGUCAUCUUCUUCUCUCGUGCCAACAGCACCCUGAAGCAGCAGAAUGAAGAGCUUUCCAGACUUUUGAUGCAAAGCCAAGCACAGGUGGCAGCGAUUGAAAGCGGGCAACAACCGGCUCCCCCAGCAGCCGCUCCCGCGGUGGCCCAGCCAAGCCCACCACAACCAGCUGCCCAGCCGACUGUCCAUGUUCCUGCAUCUCCUGCUCCUCAAGUGGCACCUGCGCCUCAAAUGGCACCUGCUCCUCAGGUAGCUCCUGCUCCCCAGGUACACGUAGCUCCUGCUCCCCAGGUUGCUCCUUCGCCUGUCCCUACCCCCAAGCCAGAAGAGCAGUCUGCUGCAUUCCAGCAAGCACAAGCGCAGGCCGUGGCUACCCAGGCAGUCCUAGAGAGUCAGGGCUUUCCAGCUGCUGCUGCACGUGCGGCUGCCCAAACCAUGAACGCUGGGGCAAGUCAACCAGCUCCUGCUCCAUUAUCGCCACAGCCAGCGCCUACAGCCCAAAGCUUGCAGCAAAUGCAACCUGGAGCCACCAUGCAAGCCAUGGCCACAUUCCAACAGGCUGCCGCCGCAGCGAUGCAAGCAGCCAUGCAAGGGAUGCAGGGAAUUCCUGGCGUCAACAUGGCUACCAUGGCUGCAGCUCCUGUGGGAACCAACCCCCAGCAGGCUUAUACCGAUACGAUGACAGCUUUUGCCAUGCAACAGGCAGCAGCAGCCGCCGCGGCGGCAGGACAGCAAGUUCCGUUCUUCCCCGGGGCACCUUUCAUGAUACCAACCAUGUGGCCAGCACCACAAGCAGCUCCAGGCACGAUGGCGGCAAUGCCUCAAAUGCAAGUCCAUGCUCCCCCAGGAACUGCUCUAAUGCCUGCGCCAGCGGCUCUUCAACCUGCCGCUGCUCCGACAACUGCACCUGCAGCUGUUCAUCCGGGUGCUCCAGCGCCACCUCAACAAGUAGCUGCUGCGCCCGCGCAAGUGCUUACUCAACAUGUGGCCCAAGCCCCGCAUCCUGCACCGGUCCCUCCCGUCGCGACGACUCCACCUGUUGAUCCGCCAGCUCCCAAUUCUCUACCACCAAGUGGACAUGCACCUGUUGAUCCACCAGCUCAACAGCAUCCCGUAGCCCAAGCCCCGCAUCUAGCGCCUGUUGCUGAGCAAGUUGCGCAGCCAGUAGCUCAACCUGUGGUCCAACAAGUAGUGGCACCACCAAUGGAACAACCACCUGUGGCACAACCACCCAUGGCACAACCACCCGUUGUUCACCAUGUGCAACACCCGCCACCAGCUGCUCCUGUCUUUGCUCAGCCCGUGGCACAAACGGCACCUCCACAGGUGGCGCAAGCUCCUGCUUUUGCGCCUCAAGUGGCCAUGGACAACCCGGCUGUCGCGUAAUGUUCUUGCAGGUUGUUUGGUCACUUCUACUUUAUCGAUGGUUUAGGUUCACAAUGAGCUCGAGUUGCUGUGGGUCAUGGGAGAUCUGGAGCUAUUAUUUGCUGUCCAAGCCUCGAAAGCAAAGCUUUUGCGUUGUUGCACGUUGACUUAGUAUCUAAUAUCACUGUUUAGUAAGCACGGUUUUACGUUC